UUGCCCCGACACCCGUCUUUCGCGUGGAUGCGCUGUGGUCGGGUCUUGGGGCCAGGGUGCACUGGAGCUCUCAAUCCAUCUCUUUCUUGCUGUUUUGCUCCCUCCCUACUUUUUAAUGAUUGCUCCUCUGUGUGCCUGGUGCUUCUCGUGCAUCAGGACAUUUAUUCUCCCAAGCUUAUGAGCUGGGGGCAGCUCUCCCCUUUACCUCCGCCUUACAAUGGGACACUGGGGCUCAGAGAUGUGACUGUCAUUGGAAAGUAGGUGCCUGGCCAGAGGCAGCAGGACAGGAAGAAAGAGGUGGAUCGAGAGCUCCAGUGGGCCCUGGCCCCAAGACCCGACCCAAGUACACCCACCCAGUCAAAUGACGGGCGUUGGGGCAAUCCAAGAGUCUGCUUCCUGAUUGGGUAAAGCCCGGAAGCCUCGUCCAACAAGGGGCGCGCUGGUUGGUGAUGGGCAGACCAAUGAGAAGGCGUGGAACAAUGAGAAGGCAGGACGCAGGCCUUGAGGGAGCCCGUAAGCCUCGGGCUGUCAGUGACGUCUCGUGAGCCGACUGUGGUGAGGGUGGCGGUGUCCCGAAGGCCUCACUGUUCCUGUGGCCCCAGAACACCACCCUUUGCUGCUCUUUCAGUUCGCUCUCAGGGUCAAAGCUGAGAGUGUCCCCCUCGGCUGGGCUUGGCUGGGCUCAGCUCUCCUCUCCCACUGUUACCAGGACAACCGUCUCCCCACAGCCUGGGCUGUCUGGACUGGCGGACGCCAUGAGCUCCACAGAUGAAGUGUCCGUUUGCGGGGCUGGUUUCGGCCCGGAGGGUGGCAAGCAGGCCGGGGCCCACGCCGCCAGCCCCGGAGCCCCACAGGGCCACGGCCACGGCCGAGGCCUCGAUUUGAGGGGGCAGCGCAGUGGUGAGGGCAAGGGGGAGAGCGGGUUCACAGAUCCUGAGGGCUUCAGUUUCAAGCCUGAGAGCGAAUUGAUAGAGCAGGGAAGGGUGGUACUCUGGGGCCGAGAAGGCCGGCCUGGCACCCCGGUCGACGACCAAGGGGACGGUGUGGACUACUCUUUCUACCUGGCUGAUGAGUCAGCCACCAUCAUGCCGCCGUCCAGCGUCCAGGGACACCCGUCCCUAGAAGGCACCGCUGCCAAAGGGUCCACUGACAUCUGGGCGGACCUGGAGGUUGGUCCCAGUGGGAGAGGCGCGCUGAACCCCUGCCCUGGAGAAUGGCAGCAGUCCUCCGGUGGCCCUCUCCACCUCAGUGUUCCUGGGCCAGGACCGGCCUGGGAGAACCCAGAAAGGGGCUUGAAGAGCAGAUUGAGCGUCCAAGUGGAUCCCCAGCAGCCCUCUGCGGAAGGCCCCGCCGGGCUGAAUAGUGACGACUCUGAUUCCACAGAUGAGAGCAGCGACUUACCGGUGAUUAGGGUGAUCAUUAGCACCAAAGAAGGAAGCCAGGCCAAGCCCGGAAGCCCCAAGAAGCCAGCAGACACUUGCAGACGCCCCAGUUUCCACCGCAGGGAGAGUUACCUUCAGGUUCAGGGACCUCUCCUGACCUCUCCUCCCCGCAGACUCACCCCAGUAGUAGAGAGGCCGGCCGUGGGAGAGCUGGAUGCGCCUUCCUUGAAGAAAAUGCAGAGCAUGGUGUGGGGAAAGGUGGGGGUCAGGCCCAGCUGCUCAGGAGCUGCCGUUAGAGGGCCCCUACCCCGGGGCCCUCUGGGAAGGAAGGUGACCCAGGAGAAGAAAUCCCUAGAGGGUGCGCCAAAACCGGCCCUGCGGGGAGCCUUUCCUGCCUGGGGGCAGAGACUUUCAGUAGUUCCACCUGAUCCAGCCAGCUUCCCGCCAGUCUCUGGUGUGGGGCUCCUGGGGAAGUCCACGAGACCCAAGGAGCCCAAGCACAGCAGCCCUGGGAAGAAACCUGCAGGAAGGAAAACCAGGGAGUCCCAGGCUGCGGCCAGAGAAGAUAAUGACCAAAAUAGAGAUGACGUCCCAAGGGCCCAACUUCCCACACAGAAGCCAGAGCUGAUUUCCCUGUCCGUGCGUCGUGGAGAAUACAGCAGUGGUGACCCCAACGUCAGAGCUCCCCAAGUACUAGGAACCUCACAGCCCUCGGCCUUUACCUUGAGACGCAUGGUGCCCAGAUGCCAUGCACCCUCCGGUGACCAGCAGCCACUUGUCCAUCCCCCAAGACCAGAAAGGCAGCAGCAGCAGCCCCCGGGAGCCCAGGGCUGUCCUCGGUGCAUCCUGCUGCAGAUGGAAAUUGAUGACCUUAGAGACCAACUAGCGGCCAUGCAGUUCCUCACUGACAAGUUCCAGGACCUUUGAAGUUGGAGCCAGCAUCUUCCUACAAGAUGAACAACUGCUACCUUUGGAGCUCCAGAGCUGCAGCCAAGCGGGUUCCCUCCAUAUCCUCUUCAGCCAGGGCUUCUGCUCUUCCGCUGCAUUUGCCCCCUUCCCAACGCAGUUCAAAGCAGUUUGAAAUAAAGUCGUUCUCAUAUUCUGU